AUGGAUUUCAUCCUCUCCCUCACCCACUUCUGUGAGGUGCAUGGUCCCACCUCCAUCAUUUGCUCACAAGUCCUCCCAUUUGCCUGCGCCCACUGUCAUCCGGAUGCGGAGCAAACCGAUCCCACCAGCUCUCCGCAGUCUAAAUCGCCCGAUACCACCUCCGAGGCUCCGGGCUCCAAGUCUCCAAAGAUUGAAGAUCAUCCUUACUUCUUGAGGUCCCAGCCGGCUUCUCCCGAGGAGCGCUCGAACCGUGUCGCAGAUGGCGACACAUGUGCUAGCUGUAGCCUCUCGCUUCCAGAAGAUGUCAGCAAGCAGCUACCUUCCGGACCCACCGGCCGCAAAGGCAGCCUGAGUAAUGGCAGCAGUCCGGUCUUGCGAUCGCGGGAGGUCGUUUAUUCGUGCGGCAACAACCAUUCGGACGCCGACGACGAUACGCUGGAUCCCCACUCCCACGCUUCUCCCCCCGAGUCCCUGCGCUCGUCCUCCAUCGCAUCCGAUUCUUCAUGUCACACUCACCUCCUCACAUAUCUCUCCCUGCGAGGUCCUCCCAACCCCGCCGACUACGCUCUUCUACGCCGCUCUUCUAUUCGCACUCUGAGCUGUGAACUCCUCCCCCGCGGUCUCUCUUCCGGCCCUCUUUGCUUCGGGGAUUCAGUCGCCGGCUACACCAUUGCCUACAUCUUCCGUCUUCCGGACCCCAUGGCGCGUGGCAAACGCCGCAGCUACGCCCUCGUGGCGCUCGCCGGGAAGGACGCCGGAAGAGCUUUCAGAGCGUGCCCCAUCAUCUGGCGCGCAUUCGGGCGCAUUGCGUCCAGCAUUGUCGGUGCCGCCGAGCGCUACCAGGAGGAAGAAAAGCGACGCGAGGAACAAAACAGCCCCGGCAGCCGAUCCGGCGGCCGUCACAACCGACCCGUCUCCUCAUUUCUAACUGGUCGCGGGAUGGACCCGGGCCAGUCCCGCCGCAUGGGUCAAAUUCGCGCGCGCAACCUGGCGGAGAUUGUCGGCAACCCGUACAUUUUCACCGAGCUCCACGCGCAUUUCACUGUUGCGGAUGACGAGAGCACCUCUGCUGCGCAGCCAGUCCUUGUUUCCAGCAAUUCGGAGCGUUCCAAGCGCGGUUCUACCUCCAAAUACGAUGGUAACGACAUCGACAUGGCCAGACUCGACAUUUCAGGCCCCCAGCCAAUCCCGAUUACUCAACGUUUCGUUGUGGCGUAA